AUGAAAGAGACACUACCGACAGACGGCAUACCGAGAUACGACAAAUCUGCUGUCAAUUCUGAUUCAGAUACAAAUUCUGAUUCAGAUCAAGACAUUGAUUCAACAACAUCUCUCUCUACUGCAACUGUAACUCCACAACCAAUAAAUAUUCAACUGCAAAAUGAAGAAUAUGAUAGUGACACAGAAGUUAGCAGCAUAGUUCCAAAUGGACAAUCUUGUAUGGGAGAUAAUUCCUCAGUAUUCCAUCCAUUAUUAAAUCAUAACGUUUUCCAAAUAAUCGAAAAUAAUGACAAUUCAACGAUAUUUAUAGGCUUAACUUCAAAACAAAUACUUUUCCUAUCAGGAAUAUUCACAUUACAAAUCGUUAAAGGUGGUAUGGUAUAUAAUAAUGUUCAUUAUAAUGCCAGUUUAGAAAAGAUGGAUUUUUGGCAUCCUUUAUCCAAUUCAAUACCAUCAAUUCAAGGUUCUCACUAUGCAGGAUGGAGCAAUAAAUUACAUGUAUUAUCUAGAUAUGAACAUUUCCUCUUGGAGGAAACUAAAUUAAAUGAUUUCCCGUGUAUUUUACAACUUAAUAACAUGAAAAUUGAUGGAUUAUUAGAUUGUCAUAAAUUAUAUCCAGAUGUUCGUUAUUUGUGGAAACUAAGAAGUUUCCAAACUGAUGAAAUGUUUCAACGACUGCCAACUGAUAAAAUGUUUGAUAUCUUGGUUGAAGGAAUAGAUCUUUUCACUCCACUAAAAAUAUCUAAUGAAUGGCAAACGACCAUCGAAAAAAUAUCUUUAUCGCAUAGAAAUUUUGAAUACGAUUCGAGAAUAAUGAUAAUAGGUGGGAAGAACUCAGGGAAAUCUACAUUCUUAAGACUAUUAAUAGAAAAGAUUCUCUCCAACAAAGAGUCUACCGAUAACAAGAUCAAUCAUAAUAUUGAUAGUAACGACUUAUUAUAUUUGGAUAUGGAUCCUGGACAACCUGAAUAUUCGCAUCCUGAAUCGAUUUCAUUAUCUCAAUUAAAUGGUUCUAAAAAGGUAUUGGGUCAACAUUUAUGUCAAUCAACGUCGUUUUUCCUGAAACAAAUUUAUUUAGGUGUAACGUCUCCACAAGAUGAACCCACUACCUAUUUGAAACAAAUAGAUCAUCUGGUAACAACAUUUGAAGAGUUGUAUUCCAGAAAUACAUCUGUUAUAAACUUACCAGGAUGGAUUAAAGGAUUCGGUAUUACUGUCCUGAAUAAAAUUAUUGCCAAAUACAAGCCUACAAAUGUCAUUAUAUUAGAAUCUAAUAGUUCGUCCCAAAAUAUUGAUGAUUUAAAAAUACCCGAUGAGUUCACAAGAGAAUCAUUUAAAUAUAAUCCAAUUAUAACGAAGAUUCCAGCUAACUUUAACUUCAUGGCCAAUCAACAACAACAACAGAAGCUGAUGAAAUUCCAUGCAUCACAACUCAGAACUUUCAAAAUGGUAGCUUUAUUCCAUAAGACCUUAGAAUCAUCAUCUCGUAUAUCCUACGAUUUUAAUCCAUUACUUAACAAAUGUCCUUUACAAAUAUCCUUCGGCCUCCCGAUUGGUGGAGGUGGACUUCAAGCUAUUAAGAUCUCAAAUGAAUUUAAAACAAUUCAUGAAGAUGAUUUACCAAAUGCAUUGGAAGGAACAAUCAUGGCUCUACAUAGUUGUGAUAACGGAAAGUCACUAAAAGAUUUGAUAAUAAUGAAGGGUCACCUACCAGUAAUAACAAACAAUAAUUUCAAUUCUCUCGAAUAUGUUUCCCUUGUCCUGAUCCAUUCAGUUGACGUACAAAAUAAGAUAUUAAACGUCUAUGUACCGGAAUAUUUAAUUCCUGAACUAGACUGUGGAAAUCCUGAAAUCAAUUGGGUUCUUGUCAGAGGUAAAAGUGAAACGCCACUUUGCGAAAUAUACCAACGUAAUAACAUAUUCGCUAAGGUAGCUUUGCCUUUUAUCUCGAAAGAAAGAAGAAAGAAAUAUGAACAUAUAUGGAAGAUAAGAAGAAACGUUAAAAGGAGAGGACAUCACAUGAAAUAA